AUGCCGAGCCUCGAAAGCGCCGUCCUGUCACGGCUCGACGAAUCCACCAUCACCCCCACCUCUGCCACCUACCUCGGCAGCAUCGACACCACUUGGUGCAUCGGUUCCGUGCCCCAAGGCGGCUACUCGCUCUCCAUCAUCCUCAACGCCGUGCUCGCGUUCAUGCGAACGCCCGAACUCGUCUCGACCAACAUCAAGUCCGUCUCCCACAACGACCCUCUGCUGCUCUCCGCGACGUACAUCCAGGCGGUCACGUGGACCGAUUUCGAGGUCAGGAUCACCGUCCUGAAGCGCGGCAAGAGUCUCUCGAACCUGCAGGCUGAAUUGUGGCAGGAUGGUGUGAUGCGCAUCACGACGCAGAUCUUGAUGACGGACUUCAAGGUUCAGAAGGAGAGUGCGGAUCGAACCAGGUUGCCUGGGUUGAAGGGCAAGGACAUCCACGAUCCGAGCAAGAACGGCUAUACGAUCACCGAGGAAUCCCAAUGGGCACCACGGUUCCCCCUCUCACCACCCGAAGAAUGCGAACCACCCCGACCGUUCGGCAACCUCGCCUCUUCCGGCAAGACGUUCGGCUUCGGCGAGAUGCUCACCAUCUCCAACGACCCCAAACACGACCGUCUCACGCGCCACACCUCCUCUCUCUCCGCCGGUGCCUACUACUCCCUCCUCCCUCAACCCUCCCCUUCCCUCUCCCCCUCCCUCGUCUCCACCGGUCGCCUCUCCUCCGGCACCAACCUCCUCCCUUUCCUCGCAGAUAUGUUCACCUCUCCACCCAUGAUCAUCCCCGGCACACACAAAUCCCACUGGUACCCCACCCUCCACCUCACCAUCGAAUUCAAACGUCCCCUUCCCCCGAACCUCUCCCGCUGCGCAACCUUGUCGUCAGGCCAAUUCAUGAUCAACGGUCAACACGAAUCCGACUCCCAACUCUGGUCCCACCCCGACGACCAACACCUCUUCGAACCCCCCAACCAAAAAGCCAAGGGCAAAUCGGGCGAGAGAAGAUCCUACAUCCUAGCUAUCGCUAGACAAACUGCCCUCGUACUACCUUUCGCUGUAAACCAGAACAAGACAAAAUCAAAACUCUAG